AUUUGUAAUAGUUGAAUAUUGUGAGAAAUGGAGGAGAAAUGUAAGUUACAUUAGAAAGAAUUUAGCCAUAUGUAUAUAAAAUAUUGUAUAAUAAAGUUGCAUACAUCCAGAUUGUUUUAAAUAUAAAAGAUUGUGUAGUGAUUGUAUAGUGAAUCAUGAGAGUAGACAUAAGAAGAAUUAGAUAUAUUAGAAUAAGCAAUUUACAAUAACAAUAUAAGAAUGUAAAUAAUAAGUGGAGCGGAAUUUGAAUACAGUGAAAGAGGAAUUAGAAUUAGCAGAGAAUAGAGCAGCAAAUGCAUUAAUAACAUCAGUUAAUAGUAAUAUUGAUGAGAUUAUCUUGGAGAUUGAAUCUAUAAGAUAAUAGAUUCAUAAAUUGUUUGACAAAUAUAUUUAAGGGCUAAGAGAUAAAUUUGAAUAUAAAGUGAAAUAGAGUAUUCAUGCUCUAUAUGAUUAAAUUUAAGGUUAAUUGGCUCAGGUAAGACAAUUUUAAAAUGAUAUUAAUUCUAUUGAUACAUAAAAGAAAGUAAUGUCAACAGAUUUAGAUUAUUAAGUGUAAUAUUAGAAGAAUAGAUUGGAAUCACUUAUUUAUUAAAGAGCGAAUUAAAAGUUUUAUGGAAGAAUAGAUGAUGAUGUUGCAUUACAUUUUAUAGGGGUUAUACAAAAAGAAUUAGAAUAAUUGGUUAUUUAUGAGAAAAAUAAGUUAUUUACAUAAAUUGAAAGUCUAAAUUAAAUGACUAUUUAGGCAUAAUAAACUAAAUCAAAGUCAAUUAAAAAUUUCUAGAAAUUCUUAAGUUAUGCUCCUGAAAAAUAAGAGGAAAUGAGAACUACAAUAUAAGGUGUAUAAGAAUAUUCAUUCUAUCGAUCAUGGUUACAUUAUUUUGAACCUGGAACUAAAUUCUUAUAUUAUUUAGAUUUAAAAUAAUAAAAUCCAUAAAUCACUAAAGUUGAACUUGAAAUUAAUUUUCUUAUAACCUAAGGUAGUAGAUCUAUUUUAGCAUCCGAUGGUCUUAUUUAUUAUUUCUCAGGAUAUGAUAAUAGUUUAGAUGAAGAUGAGAAUAAAACUAUUUAUCAAUAUGACCAUCCUUAAUUAACUUUCUUAAAAAAAACUAGAAUGUAUACUUUAAGGAAGAACUUUUCUUUAUCUUGUACAAUGGAUAAAGAUAUAUUCAUUAUUGGAGGAUAAAACUAUAAAGAAGGUUGUUUGGCUAAAUGUGAAAAAUACAAUAUAAAUACAAAUUAAAUCACUCUUAUUAAGUAUAUAUUUAUAUAUUCAUAAUAUUAGCCAUUUAACUGAAUUAUCAACAUUACAUUCUUCAUGUACUUAUAAUAAUAAAUUAAUUGUUAAAUUUGGUGGAUUGAUUGCUAAUACUGAAGGUGAAGAUUUGAAAAAAUAAUGUUCAGGAUUAUUAGAAUUAUAUUUUAUUGAAUAAGAUUGCUGGGAAAGAGUUGAAAAUACUACUAAUCAUACAUUAUAUCCUUUACAUACUAUUUUAUCUACUUCAAUACAAAUCUUAAAUUCUAAUUUGAUAUAUAUUUUUGGUGGAUAAAUACUUUCAAAAUAAUCAUUUCAAACUGUUAAUCAAGGAUUCAUGAUUUAAAUUGAAGAAGAAGAAGAAUUCGAUUAAGAUUAAAUAAGUAUCCUAUUAUUUCAAUAUAUUUAGAAUUUUAACCCAGAUUGUAUUAUUAACUUUAACAUUCAAUUCCAUAACCAGCACACUUUCUUUCAUAACCACUAUAUUACUCCAAUAAAAUUAUGUCUCUAAUGAAAGAUGGUCAAAUUAUAAGGUCAUGUUAUGAGAAAAAUAAAUGGAAAUAAUUCUGAUAAU